AUGAGAUUUUCAACAUCAUUCUUAGUGGCCCGUCAGGAUUCGCUGCCAGGGGAGGACCGAACGACAGCUAUCACGGUAGCAUCAUGGACGCUGAUGUUCAUCACCGUAGUCGCAUUUGCUGCCCGACAGAUCACCAAGACUAUCAAGUUUCGUAGAUUUGCCAUUGAUGAUGCUUUCGCUCUCACGGCUACUAUAUUUGCAGUUGGUCUGUCCAUCACAGCAAUUGUCCUUGCGUCUCUAGGCUCAAGCGUCCGAGGAGCCUUGACCACCGAGCGGGCAAAUAUGCUCACGAAGGGCAUCUACGCUUCAGAUAUAUUGUACAUCUCAGCGUCUUGCUUCACGAAACUAUUAUUGCUCGCUGUGUUUUAUGAGAGUCUAAAGAGACUUGCCUUGCAACGUCGCUCGGUGUUUGUCUUCGGAUGCUUCGUUUCUGGAUGGAGCAUUGCAUCUAUACUAGCCAUCGCAGUGCAGUGCCCACUGCCCCAAUCGUGGGAUACGGUGACCUCGCGAUGCUUUGAUACGCGAGCCUUCUGGAUCACAUACUGUAUCAUUGACUCCAGUACUGAGCUAUUGAUCAUUGCAUGGUCUCUCAUAUUAGUCUCGUAUCUGAAGGUCUGCCUUGCUUGUAAAGUAGCUAUCGUUGCAUGCUUCGCGUCUCGUACACUCGUUAUCUGCGCCGCCAUCCUCCGUCUCAUGUGGCUUUACCCAUCAACGCACCACCAGCAGCCUAAAUUCCAAUUUGGGCUCCCUACUAUCGUUACACAAGUACAAGUCUGCCUUAGUGUGUGCACAGCCUGCAUACUAUACAUAUUCCCCUCUUUAAGGUUUAAAGAAAGCAAAACCUGGCCAUCGACCUUCACCAGAAGUCUGAAGGACCAUAAAAUCCAGAGUUCCUGCCCCAUCAGCUCAUCGCUCUGGUUCAGGAGACAUAAGCCACGAGAUGCCAACAAACCCUGGGACUCAAUUGACCAUGGAAACGGCAGCUACGAGCACGUCUCAUACAUCUCGCCAUAUCUCGCCACCCCUAGACCCACGAGUCCAUUGACAGCACCGCGAGCACCAACUCGAUCGUCCAGUAAGCAUGGAUUGUGCAUCAGCAUCCCUCUUGCACAAAGGAAUCCAGAAUACGACUUGCUCAGCACAAGAACGGCCAGUUCCUGCGCACUGUCUCCCUCAUGCGCAUCGCCUCAACCUCUGCUCACACCUUUCGUUGCUACAAGGAAAGCACCGUCCCCUCCUAAUAAGGCAUACACUCCCGGUUCUGCACCGGCAGAAUUCCACACUGCUUCUGCCCCAGCGACCCAUCAAGACAUACCUCGCAUGGGUCCGUUUUCACUUUUUCCCCUGCAGCAGACCAGCUGCCGCUCCCCACAGCAUCGCCAAACACGUAUCAACUCCCCAUCAGUCGCAUCUACUCGUCGUCGCAAGAGAUCACCAAUGCUCUCCAGUAGGCCCAGCAGUCCUCCUCUCGCUACAUCCCACCCUCCGCGAUUGUGCACUGUCGAGCAACUCAAAUCUAGCAAAAUACCCCAGCCACAACCUCCACCAACAACAACCUUCGCACCGCCAAGAGAGCAGCAAACACGACCAGAAUCUGUGCAAGAUUUGAAUUCACCCAUGGGUGCAGCACUCAACAACUUCUUCAGUGGCUCUGCUCAUGCCUCUCCUGGAGGGUAUUUGAGAAAUCAGCAGUACUUAGCGCCUUUUACACCCAUCAAGGAGACGGCUCCUGGGUCGCACAUCUGGCGUGCAUCAUGUGAUGCGCAGCGCGAUGGAUUAUUCUUACCGGAGAAGGUGUCCAGGGAGCGAACGAUGCCUGUGAUUAAGGAUGCAAGGAGCAAGGCGAGGGUUACUGUUGUUGCGCGGCCGAUGGAAGGUUGA